GAACAGAACGACUGUUAACAUGAAAGGUGUAGUGUGUAUACUUGUACUAAGCAUUUCCUCCGUUUGCCAUGCAAACUCUCUCAGUGAUAUCCAAAUCGAGAAAUGGCAUGAGUCUCAGAGUUCAUUGCUGUCCGCUGAAAAAGAGGCGUCCGGUGAAAAAUUGUUGAUGCGGGUGGAACUUUCAGUAGCCCGAAACACAGAUGUCAUUUGGGUUGUUGACCGAACAAUAAUUGGAACAAACGAGAAAGAAUUUAAUACCUCAAGCCAAAAGCUGAAAACCAGUAUUCUGUACAUCAUAGAGGUGUCCACUGAAGUGGAAAGCCUUAAGCUGAUAUCAUUCAGCCAGGAAAAUGUAGACACCUGGUAUCACCUAGAUUUAAAAGCAGACGAUUCCAAAAGGUACUUCAAUAUAGGUACUUGCCAUUCGUUGAUUGCUAACAUCAACAGCACUGCCGCUGCUGCCUCCUUUCGCUGUUCACCGGAAUUGGAUUCUAGAAAUUCCUGGUAUCAAGAAAUGGCACUUAUUACAAAAUCUUCUCGAAAUGAAGGAACAAGUUGGGUCAAUAUAUCGGACAAUAAUUUCACCCCAGACAUAAAUGUGUCGCUUGAGCGAGAUAAAACUGCUAAAGGAACAGUAAAUUUUUCCAAACGAUUUUUAAUGAUUCAAAAUUCUUUUUUGUUUUUGGAUUCUUUUCUCACUAUUGACCUGAACAGUAUAGUCAAAACUAUCCAAUAUAGGAACACAAGAGACAUAAGUUUAAUAAAAAAAGAUGGAGAGUUUGUAGUAGAAAGAGUUCCACACUCUCUCAAACCUGUGGACGGUGAAAUCACAACAAUUCAAUGUGAAACGUUUGGGAGGAACCCUCCUCCUAUUAGAGUGGAGAGAAAUGGGAUGGCAAUAUUAGAUGCACAUGAUGUGUUCAUCUUAAGCAUCAACACCAACCUAAGGACAAGUUCCUCUGUAACAUUCCUUCACAAUACUAAAGAAAUGGAGGGAAAUUACACCUGCGUUUUGGGGGACGAGGGCAAAGACAUGGUUCCACUGUAUGUCUUCGAGUUAAAACCCAGAGUGCCACGUGAUUUAAUGCAGAAGUCAAUAUUACAGAAUGAGAAAACUAAUUGUGGUAGAAGGAACAAAGGGCAAGACUGUAGCCUUUUCAAUUCCAGAAAUUAACGACGUUGUUUUUGACACGGUUACUCGGAAAUCAUCAGAUAAAUGGACAGAACAACUGGAGAUUUGGAUCCCAGUACCAUCAAAAGAACAGGAAUCAUUCAAUGCGGGGUUCACAAAUCGUACAGCAACCGAUAGAAAUGGCGAAAUUUCAUUUCAAGCUUGUUUUAAAGCCAAAAACCAAAAUUGCUAUUGUCAAUUUUUGUCUUCAGUGUUUUGAUUUGAUUAAAGAUUCAAGUGCAAACUAAUAAAGGUGCUGCAAAAAUGCAUGAUUAUUCUGUAAAUGCAAGAGUCACUUUAAAAA